AAAGUUUAAUAUUUUCCGUAGUAUAUUUAUGCAACAACUUUCUGUAAAAGUCUCUCAGCUUACCAAAUCAAUUCAACUAUCAAGUGUAUCUUCGGAUAGAAAGUAUAAUAAACUUCUUCCAUUAGUUUAGUAAAAACUAAAAGAAAUUAAUUUUAUUAACGCAAUACGUGAUAGCACGCGCACACGCAAUAUGAGUUUUGCAGUUGCCUGGUAUAAUUAAAAACAACGGGAAAAAAUUGUAAAAAGAUACAGUCAUCUAUUAUCUCAUUUUUAUCAAUAUCAGCUACAGCAUGAAUAUAUAAAAGAAGAAUAAACAAAUCAGCCGUAGUUACUCGUGAACGUUUAUGUAAGCAUCAUGGCAACUACUAAGCGCACUUUAUUAUCUACGAUUCUUUUCGUUUUCAUUCUAAAUGGUCAUUCAAAAUUUAUAUUAUCGGCAAAUAUUGAAAAUAACUGUUUGAUAAAAAAAGAUUAUAUCGACCUUGAUUCUUCAAAAUCACCACUUGUUCUUUACCCUAACUACGUAAUGAACUUUGGUAUAGAAGGUUUCUCAUACAGUAAACAUCUUUUAAAUUAUUUAUAUCCAAUAAACGAUGUAACGUGUUUUUAUGGUGAUUCCUCACGUUCGUCCAUGAUAAUGAGAUUAGCAUGUCCAGGAAAAACUUUGGUAUUCCCAAGCAGUGCUUCCAAAAUAAAUAGUUUAAAUCUAAGUUCUGCCACUUUGAUCUUAUACAUGAAAAUGUUUCUUAAAGUAACGGAGUAUUCUACAUACUUUGAUAUUGAUAAACUGCGUGAUUAUCCUAUCACGUGUUCAGGAGUGUAUGAACCAACAAUCAAGCCAAUAAAACCUAACACAUAUACAAUUGGAUAUCAAAUAAAUAUUCUUGAUUUUUUGCCGACGAUCUAUUUAUCCUAUGAUGAGGAUAAAAAAGAAAUAACUGCACAUGCAAAAGUUAAGUACAUAGUGAAUGGCAAGCCAAAAGUGACAGAAAAUAAUACGUAUGUAAACAGUUUGACAUUCGAUAACAUAACGUUCGCCGAUAUUUAUAAUAAAGAGUACCAACUGAACAUUUUGAAAGAGCUUCUGAAAAAUGAUACGUUGCUUGAUAUGUAUACGGCAGGUGAAAAUUAUUUAGUGCCAGCUCAAUUGAUAUCAAAAGAAGAUUUGUUCUAUGUUUCUGAACAGAGAUGCACGCUCUUUUAUGAAAACACAGUGCCGAUGUGGAAAAGUAUAAACGAAGGAAAUUGGAAAUUGGUCGACGAAAUCAUUAGAAAAUUAGCCGAAGAGACAAAAAGUGAUUUCAAUAUUUUCGCUGGCUCCAUCAACACAUUAAACAUCAAUGAUAACCUCAUUUACUUUGGCAAUUACAAAAAUAAUACCAUCGUUCCGGUUCCAAAAGUUGUUUACAAGAUUGCGCACGACCCGAGCGUUAUCGAAAAACAUCAUUCAGACAUGCAUGUAAUGCAAAAAAAUGUUCGAGGAGUAGCAUUCAUCACUGUUAAUGAUCCUUACGUUAACAUUACGCAGCACAAAAACGUUUAUUGUAAUAAGUUAAUCGAUAAUAAUAAUAUUUAUCCGUCCUUUUCAAUUGUAGAGAAAGGUUACACUUACGCGUGUGCUCUUGAAGAUUUCAAUUUGUGGCAAUCUAUAAGGAAAACUUUUUAUUAAAUCAUUGUACCAUUGAUUUUAGAAUAAUGGCAGAAACUCACACUCUGCUAUUUAAUGAGUAUAUUAUUAAAAAUACUUAUACAAAAAAA